AUUACAAAAACUACAGUUGGACGGAGUUGCUGUUUACUCACAUACACGGCUCUGUGUGUACUUACCAUCAUCCAUUCAUCCAUCCGUUCUAGAGCUCCGCAAAUAUUCCGCCAGAAUUUCUUUGGUGGCGAUCGGCACUGUUUAUCUGAUUCUACGAAUUGUCCCGGUAAUUACAUCCCACAGCAGACUACAAGACCAUGCCUCGAGAAAUGAUCAUGCUCCAGCUCGGCCAGUGUGGGAACCAGAUUGGCUUUGAGUUUUGGAAAAAGCUGUGUGCUGAACAUGGCAUCAGCCCAGACGGAUGCCUGGAAAGCUUCGCAACUGAAGGCAUUGAUCGCAAGGAUGUCUUCUUCUAUCAGGCCGACGACCAACACUACAUCCCUCGUGCGGUACUGCUUGACCUCGAACCCAGGGUUAUUAACACCAUCAUGAACUCGCCGUAUGCCAAGUUGUACAACCAAGAGAACAUCUACCUGUCCCAGUCCGGAGGUGGCGCUGGAAAUAACUGGGCCGUUGGAUACUCCCAGGGCGAGCGUCUCAACGAGGACGUCUUCGACAUCGUCGACCGGGAAGCCGAGGGCAGCGACUCCCUCGAGGGCUUUGUGCUCUGCCACUCGAUUGCGGGUGGGACGGGUUCUGGCAUGGGCUCCUACAUCUUGGAACGACUGAAUGACAGGUUCCCCAAAAAGCUCAUCCAGACGUACUCCGUGUUUCCCAACCAAGAGGAGAUGAGUGAUGUGGUGGUCCAGCCGUACAACUCCAUGCUGACACUGAACAGGCUCACCCAAAACGCAGACUCUGUUGUCGUCCUUGACAACGCCGCUCUCAACCAAAUUGCCGUGGAUCGUCUGCACAUCGAGAACCCUUCGUUCUCGCACAUAAACACACUGGUGUCCACCAUCAUGUCCGUGAGCACAACAACGCUCCGCUACCCCAGCUACAUGAACAACAACCUGCUUGGGCUGGUGGCACCGCUGAUCCCGACGCCUCGCCUUCACUUCCUCAUGACCGGUUACACGCCGCUCACGACGGAACACGAGGUUCAGAGCGUGAGGAAGACGACGGUGCUGGACGUGAUGCGGCGGCUGCUCCAAUCCAAGAACAUGAUGGUGUCCAUCACCCACGACCGCACGGUCAACCACUGCUACAUCAGCAUCCUCAACAUCAUUCAGGGGGAGGUGGAUCCUACACAGGUGCACAAGAGCCUGCAGCGUAUCCGUGAGCGCAAGAUGGUGCAGUUCAUCCCCUGGGGCCCUGCCAGCAUCCAAGUGGCCCUCUCCCGCAAGUCGCCCUACGUCCAAACACAGCACAGGGUCAGCGGUCUCAUGCUCGCCAAUCACACAGGCAUCACCUCGCUGUUCCAGCGCACGCUGCAGCAGUUUGACAAGCUGCGCAAGCGCGAGGCCUUCCUGGAGCAGUUCCGGAAGGAGCCCAUGUUCCAGGACAACCUGGACGAGCUGGACAACUCCAGGGAAGUGGUCCAGAACCUGGUGGACGAGUACUUGGCCGCCACGCGGCCCGACUACCUCACCUGGGGCACCCGGCAGGCGAAUGCAGCCACCAAGACAGACGGAUGAAGUGUUGAAGAUCUAUUUAUUUAUGUUCCAAGGACCUUAGUGGGUUUAGGCUGUGAGAGCCAACCAAGCACUUCGUAGCCACUGCUAAGGAUGGAUCAUCACAACAACCAGCUUUAGAAGGUGCCAGUAUUGAGAUUCUCCGACCAUUGAAGCCAUCUGCAAUCAUUGAUCUCAGGUUACGCUGCCCUCUUUUUGAAGCACUCUUUGCAUUUACCACUUAUUCCAGUGUCAGCUUGACUUGAUCACUUGUUUUAAUGAAAUGGGCAGAACUGCGGAGAUCCUACCUUGACACGAAGGAUUGCCAAAGCAUAUGCAUUUUUUCGUGUCACGUUACAGCUUUUCCUAGCAGCGUACACUGAAGCUAUUGUACCGUGUACAAACUGUUGCCUAAGUACAGUGGCAGACUUGUGUGUACAUAUAUGAGUAUGAUUGACAAAAAGCAGUGCCAUGGUGCAACAAACAUUCUGUAAAGUUUAUCGACGCUGCAGGCCGUUCUGUUCUGAGCCUCUAUCAAGCGAUUAAAUAAAAACGUAACCCUCAAAA